AUGGAGCGAUAUACAGAGAGUUCAAAUGGCAUCUUUUUGGCUGUGAAUGAUCGUAAUCAGCAGAAAUCUGUCUAUGUGAAACAAAGUCCGGAGACUGAGUCGGUCAAGCCAGGCAACUCAGUGACUCUCCAGUGUUCCCUUCUUUUCAAGACAAAAGGAAACACAGAUCAGUGUCCAGGUGAACACAGAGUGUACUGGUUCAGAUCUGGAUCAGGAGAAUCUCACCCAGGCAUCAUUUACACUCACAGUGAUGAAGAAGAGGAAAGAAGUUGUGUCUACAGUCUGUCCAAAAUUAUACAAAACUCAUCUGAUACUGGGACUUACUACUGUGCUGUGGUCACGUGUGGAGAGAUCCUGUUUGGUGAAGGAACUAAAGUGGAGACAAGAUCAGAACUGGAGCCAGUUGUCCUUGUUCUUGGAGUCCUGUUGGCCUGCUGUGUGACUGUAAUCGCCGCCCUUAUUUUCUACAGAAAUCGAAGGAAUGUUUGUGAACAUUGCAAAGGAGCAUUGAGUGCCUCCCAUCAUCGUGAUAAUGACAGGACAACUGUGGAUCAAUCAAAUGAUCUGGAUGGUGAAGCAAGGGCAAUGAACUACGCAGGACUGGAUUUCUCAACAAGGGAAGUGAAAAGAGGGAAGAGGAAGAAGAGAGAGUCACCACCAGAGAGAGAGUCACCUCCAGAGUGUGUGUACUCUGUUGUUAAAGCACAUGACCACAACCAGCACCAGCCCUCUCUGUAGACAGAGCAGGCUCUGUGGAAUGGUUCCAGAGUCUCUACAGAGAGACAUGUAGCUUUUAUUCCCAAUUGCCAUCCAAUAGUGAUAGGGUAUGUAUCAGUCAGAAUGUGUAUAUUUUCUUAAGAAGUUUUGCACUCAGCUGAUUUUGUGAAAGAUCUUCAGAUCUUCAGAUUUUCAGUUGCUUUUUUACUUUAAUGUCAAAGCAUAUGUGACUGUAUUUCUGUAAGAGGACAUGUUGUCAACAUUUCUGUUUUCUUUCAAAGAAAUCUGCAGCAAAACCAACACUUGUUUAUUUGACAGAUCACACCAGCAGUAGUCUAGCAUUGCCAGACCUUCCUCCACAGCACUGCGGAGAAAGGUCUGGCUAGUCCACACAGCACUCUGGGAUGGGAGAAAAACAUGCUCUGAUAUAUUGGCAUUUCUUUAAACCAAUCACAAUCAUCUUGGGUGGCGCUAAGCACCAGGUGCAAUAACGGUGCCGCUGCGAAAUAACCUCGGGAAGGAACUUGUUUUGGUGGAACAUGUGUACGUUCAAAAGUUGUUUUAGUCGUGCAACAGAAAACUCAGAUUGGACAGAUAGUCUAGCUAGCUGUCUGGAUUUACCCUGCAGAGAUCUGAGGAGCAGUUACCAUAGUGAUCUUAAAUUAAUUUGCCUAAUGGACU